UGCGUUAUCGCGCCAAUCUUCAGCCACCUGAUAAAUUGGGAUUUCCACGUGCCAGUGCUAUUCUUGAUGAGCCAUCCACUUAUCAUGAGGCUUCUAUCAUUCCGGAAUGGCAGGCUGCUAUGUCUGAGGAGCUCGCUGCACUUGAGCGCACAGGUACUUGGGAUAUUGUUCCAUUACCACCUCAUACAGUCCCUAUCACAUGUAAAUGGGUCUUCAAAGUUAAAACCAAAUCUGAUGGUUCUAUUGAGCGAUAUAAAGCUCGUCUGGUUGCCCGCGGUUUUCAAAAGACUCAAGGCUGUGAUUAUGAUGAGACUUUUGCUCCUGUUGCUCACAUGACCACGGUUCGUACUCUGAUUGCCGUGGCUGCCUCUAAGUCCUAGGAUAUCUCUCAGAUGGAUGUUAAGAAUGCCUUUCUUCAUGGUGAUUUACAUGAGGCAGUUUAUAUGCAGCCACCGCCAGGUGUUAAUGCACCUCCAGGAUAUGUUUGCCGUCUUCGUCGUGCCUUAUAUGGUCUUAAACAGGCUCCCCGUGCUUGGUUUGAACGUUCUGUAUCGGUGAUAAGAGCUGCUGGUUUUUCCCAAAGUGCACAUGAUCCUGCCUUAUUUGUUCAUCUCUCUCCACGUGAUCGCACUUUGCUGCUUCUAUAUGUUGAUGAUAUGCUAAUUACUGGAGAUGAUGUUGAUCAUGUUAUUCAUGUGAAGCAACAACUUGCCGAGCAAUUUCAGAUGUCUGACUUGGGCCCCUUCAGUUAUUUUCUAGGAAUUGAGGUCUUGCAUUCUUCCAAGGGCUAUUAUCUCUCUCAAUCCAAGUAUAUCCGAGACCUUAUUGCACGCUCUGGCAUUACUGACAGUCGAACAGUUGCCACACCCAUGGACCUGCACUUGCAGCUUCGUCCUACAGAGGGUGCACCUCUUGAGGAUCCCUCUCGAUAUAGGCACAUUGUGGGCAGUCUUGUUUAUCUCACUGUCACCAGACCUGACAUUGCUCAUGCCGUACAUAUCUUAAGCCAGUUUGUGAGUGCUCCAACUUCAGUUCACUUUGGACACUUGCUUCGUGUGCUAAGAUACUUGAGGGGGACAUCAUCUCAGUGUUUAUUCUAUGCUCAUAAUAGCCCGCUUUGUCUUCAUGCCUAUUCCGAUGCCACUUGGGCGAGUGAUCCAACUGAUCGCCUUUCUGUCACUGGUUAUUGUAUUUUUCUUGGAUCAUCUCCUCUAGCAUGGAAGUCCAAGAAGCAGUCAGCUGUCUCUCGGUCUAGUACCGAGGCAGAACUUCGGGCCCUUGCUACCACCACUUCUGAGAUUAUAUGGCUUCGAUGGCUAUUGGCUGAUUUUGGUGUUUAUUGUGAUGCUCCCACACCUCUUCUAUGCGAUAAUACUGGAGCCAUACAGAUUGCCAAAGACCCUGUGAAGCAUGAACUUACAAAGCAUAUUGGUGUUGAUGCUUCCUUCACUCGGUCUCACUGUCACCAAAACACGAUUGCUCUUCAGUAUGUGCCUUCCGAACUGCAAGUGGCAGAUUUCUUUACUAAAGCACAAACUCGAGAGCAACAUCGGUUACAUAUGCUCAAACUCAAUGUUCGGAUCCUCCACCUCCGCCUUGAUUUUGAGGGGGGGUGUUAAGCAGCUGUUCACUUUACUUUAGGCCCAUGGCCCAUAUUCUUCUCUGCAUCU